UACAGAUAUAGAAUCUAGGCGGCACCACCACUUUAUUCAAAUGCGCAGCUUAGCGUGGCUUCUAUUCGCAUGCCUUAUAGGUGUUGCAACGCCAUUUCAGGCGGGCAACGGCCGCCAGGGAGCUGGUAAUGCACCCAUGCUCGCGCGACGUGACCAGGCGUUACAGGCAUAUAGGCGCAAAAACAACUCGAUUUUCAACAGAAUCACAGAAUCUGUUAACUCUAUCGCUGAAAGCAUCAAUCAAACUGUACCGGGAGGUAUAGCUACUGCAGUCACGGUGCCAAUAGUCACCGUAGCAGCUGCAGUUACCAUCAGGAGCCUGCUCGCACCAGCCAAGCCAAAAGCUGCAGCGCCGGCACUGAAUAGGUACCAGUGCACGGGAUGUGGAUUCACCAUAUUCCCAGCCAAAAAUAGGGAGGAAAGGUUCUUUUCAUCGAGUUUCACGUGCCCAAACUGCGGAGCAGCCAAGAACAAAUUUGUAGAACGGCACUAACCCGAGCACAUUACGCAGGGCUCGUUGGAGUUGGGGUCAGUACGCAGGCGGCAUACAGCGUAGCCGGAUGGAUCUUCUGUCGAUACCGGCGAGCCCUCAGUAGUAGA